AUGGAGUCUCAACAGCUGCUCGAAACCGACAAAUCUAGGACGAUGCAGCUGAUUAGUCCGCCUCCAGAGGAAGAACUACGACGAGGUUCACAGCGACACGCGCCAUUCACCCCUUCGCUGCUCGCUGCCAACAGCGGCAACCUCAGCGACGCAGAAACUUCUACAAACGACACUGUAGCAUCAAGAGUAGCAAGCGCCUCCAAACGGAAACGGGCGAAACCAUCCAACAACAACGUGGUGCCGUCCACUGAACAACAACACCAACAGCUCGAGGCUACACCAAACCCUAAACCGCGUAAACAACUCAGAAGACACCAGCGUCAACAGUCCCAAGAUUUACAUUCGCCGACCAAGUCUAAAUCUAAGCGCAAUGAGAACGACGAGGACGAACUUCCAAUGGUCGUAGCGCCGACAACGCCUUCGAGACAGAAGACUCCAACCUGCCGCAUCACCCUCCAGUCGCCCCAUGCUCGAAACCCAGACGCAGACUACAUCCCACCAAUCAACCUCCGCAUGUCCGUCGACCCAGAGGACGACGACGACAGCAGAGACGUUCUCACCGACCUCAACACCGUCAACUCAGCUCUCAAGAAAAAGCUCUUUUCUUCAAAGAGUCACCGACGCAGCGUCACCCCAAUACCGCCCUAUGAACCUCCCCAAGACGUAUUCACACCCCCUCGCGAAGUCAUCUUGUCUCCGCCCGCCCCGCCGUCGUCCUCGCGCAAGAAGACUGCAAGUGGAAGAAAGAGCGGGGUUUCAGUUGGCAGCAAAGCGAGAAAGAAGGCUGGGUCCCUUACCCCGAUUGUAGUGAAACAAGAGAUGCCAGAAGUUGAUCUGAGUGCACCAAUGCCCCCAGCUAGCCCAACCGACGACCCCCUUCUCCUCUCUAGUGAUAUCGAGAUAACAGGUUACAACCCCGCCCCUUCCCCGCCAGAACAAGACUCUGAUUCCGACAAUGAACAACCCCUUCAAUUCGACUAUCAAGCUCCUCUCAAAACACCAGAACGGCCAAAGAGACAUCCAAAGCAACGUUCCACCACCUCUAAACGCAAGACCCCAGGCUCCGUCGUGCGGAAAGGGAAGACCGUAUCACUAGAGACCACUUCAGUCAGCGAGGCCGCCCAAAUCGUUCUCGAGGAAGAACUGGGAGUCUCCUAUACACCAAGUGCUCCUCCUCGAAGUGCCUCGAGAACCCGUAGUACAACCAAACCCCCGCCAUCCACCGGCAAAACCCCAUCCAACCCCAAAUCCGCCAUUCCCUCCGACUUACCACCUUCCUCUCCUCCCCCAGAAUCCGACGACGAACAUGAUCAAGGCCGCGAAGCCCUAUACGACUGGACAAAACACACCCAGCCUAUGACUUCAACCGAAGAAGACAGCAUGAUGCAGAUCGAUUCCUCAGAUGCAGCCGUCCCUCCCGUCCCCCUCUUCGAUUUCGACGCAGCAUUGCGCCAACAGGGCGAUGCAGCUGCGAAUGGCUGGGAAUCAUCGUCAGAUUCAGGAAAUGAUUCCGAUGACCUCGAUCCAGAAGGACGAGGACAGUAUACAGGGAGGUUUAGGAUGCUCAAGGUACGGACGAAGGAGGACCCGCCUAGUGAGGCUACUCUGGAGAGGAUGGAAUUGUGGGGUCGACCGGUUAGUCCAUUCCCGGACAUUGGGAGGUUGAAGGCGUGGAGUGAAGGAAAGGUCCCGAAGGAAUUAGCGCUGGAGGGAGAGGGAGGCCAGGGAGAAGGGAGGGAAGAAGAGGGAACCAGAACGGAUGGGCAGAGGGAGGGACCUGGGGAGGAAGAAAAUGAACUUCCCGUUGCACCAGAGGAAGACAUCGAUGUUCCCAUCGUUGAGGAACCACACCCUGAGGACGAGGCACAGCGCAUGUCUUUGGAGCCCGAAGAACAGGAGCCUCGUUCCAACGAAGACCAUGAACAGCGCGAGGAAGAAGAGGUGGAAAAGAUGUCUAUGGAGACAGAACCCUCCUCCGAUGAAGGAGAGCAGGAGGAAGAAGCGGAGGUAGAGCGGAUGUCGAUGGAACCUGAGGAGGACGAGGGCGAAGGGAAUGAGACUGAAAAAGAAGAAGACCGAAUGGCUGGUAUCCAGGUCACGCCCCCUUCUGAUGAAAGCGAUCAUCAAACGCAAAAGACUAUUUCUGAACCUGAUAAGAGGUUCAGCUUCGCCUCUUUCACUGCCUCGGAAUCGCGCCAGUCCCCGAUUCCUGAACCACAACGAGGAAUUGUGUCGGAGAGGCACCAGUCACCUCAACGUUCUUCUCCUCAGCAAGCGCAGGUGCACUCGUCUCCUCGACAGCCCCAGUCUUCUCCAUACCGUCAUGAAGAAUCCUACUACGACACUGUAGUGCCCCUUCCGCAAGAGGAGGAAGAGGCUACCCAAGGUGACCGCGACAUCGAGGUUGAUGACCAUGCUCCCGAGGCAGAAAUUUCCGUCAAGCCAGCAGACGAUGACGACGACCUCAGCGACUUUGGAGAUCUAGGUGUAGUCAAGAUCGUCAGUGCUGACCCUCGUGCAGCGGCGAGGGCUGCUGCUAUCCUCAAACAGCACGACUACGAAUGCUUCACCAAAGUAACCGCCAAACAACGCAAAGCCGAACUGAAACGACGACAUUCUAGUGUUGACUCACUGGCUCAAGAGUCCCGUCGUCGAAGCCUCCUAGGUGCAGGAAUCGACAAGAACUCGCCUCUCCGGCGCAACUCGCCAAGUGGCGUUCACCGCAGGAGGAGUAUGGGUGUUAUCGGCGAGCGCGUGAUCAUCCCCGGAAGUCCAGCUAUAACUCUCCCCGAGUUGCUCGAACAGGUAGAGAAGGAAGUCGUCGCCGCCAGCCCAAACAGGAUGUGGACUCCUCUCCGUAAGUCACCUGGAAGUACAAGUUUGGGUGCAGGUAUGGGCAUGGGGAGAGACCCUUUCGUUACACCUGUUCGGCAAACCCUGUUCCCUUCGUUCACUGUACCAUCCGCCCCGGCGGAGAAACCCCACGAUGGCCCUAGAGCGUGGACGAAAGAGGAGUGGAAGCUCCUCGACGGGUGCUUCACGGAUGAACGAUACUCGCUCGUCGAAGCCGCUCCGGAGAAGUAUCCGAACGAGGAGAUGGCGCCUGUCGAAGAUGUCGAGACGAGUAAAGUCGUGGAUCGAUUUGUGUCAAUGAUGGGUGGAGAGGAUGUGAUCAAGGAGUACGGGGACGCUUGGGACAUGGAACGACUUGAACAGCGCGUCCUUGCUCUACAGAAGAAGCAGCGGAAGGGGAACGUUGCUCCCCCUUCCACACCACGGACUUCGGAAGUCUCGAACUUGGUAUCCUUGGCUGGCAUGCAUCGACGGACGUCGAUGGAUGUACCUGAUUUCACACCGUUGGGGAGGGGGCUUAUGCCUCCCAGGAAGCCUAGGGGGUCUUUGGGCGAACCACUAACCAAAGUGGGCCCACGGGGAUCGAUACCUAAAGGGGCGGCACCACUGUUAGCACCACGGUACUCUCAUCUCUUGGACGAAGCCAUGGUCAUCAGCUCAGAGGUGACGAAUCUGGCCGAGCAGAACAGUGAACGCUCAGCUUCGACUUCGAGUUCAGCUUCCAGUACGAGUUCGAGCUCGGGCUCGUCUUCCGCAUCCAUCACUUCCACAGAGGUGUCGACCGAGGCCACGUCCCAAGCUGAAACCGAUACUUCCUCUACUCUGGUAGACGGGGAUGUAACAAUGGAGUCGGCUCCCUCCGCCGCACCUUCUAAGCCCGCGCCCGUCUCAACGCCAAGCCUGGGAACCCGUCUCAAAUCCACGCUCUUCUCCUACCUCCCCACCCUCUCCCGCAACUCUAAACCCAAACCCUCCAAAAUCCCACGUCCGCCAGCCCAACCAGGUCUCCCCCUCCCACCUCCACCUCUGGUCAACUACCCCCGCCCACCCAUCACCACACCUGCUCGUCCCCCGCAAGAAAAACCGCCCCACCCGAAAGAACUGGUCGACCUGCACCCCGUGCCCGACCCUGAAGAGCUGAAGAAGAAGAGCAAGCCGAGCAUGAUUCCAAGGCCUGUAAAGAGGCUGGUCGAGUUAAACCCCGUUACGCCACCUGAUAAUAAGGAGAAGGACGUGGGGAAGCCAAGGCGGAGUAGCACCGGGAGUGUGAAGGAUUUGAUUAGGUCGUUUGAGGAGAUGGAGAAGGAGAGGAUUGAGAGGGAGAGAGCGGAAGGGUAUAUGUCGAGGCCGAGUUCGAGUUUGAGUAUGGGCAGGCCGAGAAGUCAGGUUGGGUUCAAGCCUGGAUUCAAGCCUGUUUGGAGGCCCUAA